CCGCCGACGCCGCCGCCGCGAUGACGGUGCAUCCGGAGCUCGCCCCCACGGGGUUCUCCCACCCCGUCGGCGGGUUCGCCCCCGCCGUGAAGGGGAGGAAGCUGGAGAUCCGGCAGGUGUGGGCCGGCAACGUGGACUACGAGUUCUGGCGGAUCCGUCAGGCGGCGGCGAAGUACCCGUACGUGGCCAUGGACACGGAGUUCCCCGGCGUGGUCCACUGCCCCAGCAAGCCCCACUUCCUGCUCACCCCGUCGGAGCGCUACGCGGCGCUCAAGUCCAACGUGGACGCGCUCCACCUCAUCCAGGUCGGCCUCGCCUUCGCCCCGUCCCCGGACGCGCCGCCCGCCAUCGCCUUCGAGAUCAACCUGCGCGAGUUCGACCCGCGCGUGCACCGCCACGCGCCCGAGUCCGUCCAGCUGCUCGCCGACCACGGCCUCGACCUCGCCGCGCACCGCGCCCACGGCGUCGACGCGCGCGUGCUCGCCGCGCACCUCAUGGCGUCGGGCCUCGUCUGCGCCGGCGGCGCUAACAACGCCAGCGCGGUCACGUGGGCGACGUUCCACUCGGCGUACGACUUCGGGUACCUGGUGAAGCUGCUCAUGGGCCGCAAGCUGCCGCGCACCCUGCCCGAGUUCCUCGGCCUCGUGCGCGUCUUCUUCGGCGAGCAGGUGUACGACGUGCGCCACAUCAUGGGCCGCUGCCCCGGCCUCCGCGGCGGGCUCGACGCCGUGGCGGCCGCCCUCGGGGCGCAGCGCGAGGCGGGGAGGGCGCACCAGGCGGGCUCCGACAGCGCGCUCACCUGGGAGGCCUUCCGCCGUGUCCGCCAGGUGUACUUCGCCAAGGAGGGCGUGCGCGGGUUCGCCGGCGUGCUCUUCGGCCUCGAGCUCGAGCUCGACCUCGCCGCCGCCGCUGCUAACGGAAACAAGCAGGGUGGUGCCAUCAACCACAACAACAGCAACAUCAACAAGCUCGGUGGCAGCAAGUUUGUCAAUAACGGCGGCACAAACAAGUUCGCGAGCAACGGCGGCGGAAGGUGCGCUGUCGGCGGCGGCAACGGUGGCCGCAACCGCAGCAGGAACAGCCGCAGGGUCGCUCCGCAGGUCCAGGUGGCCGUGGCGGCGCUGAGAUAGAUGAUGAACCCGGCCGUAGCGUAGCUGGUAGUGUCGUUAACCAUGGGUUAAUCUGCUCCUAGCGCCUCGCGUCUCUAGUAAUCUGUACAGCGUCCCCUUGAUGAUUCCCUGAUUUGGGAUGAAUAACAAUCGUUCUUUGGUUGGUU